UCUCGGAUCAUCUAGAAAAGAAAAAAACGAAAACUUUUUUAAAAAAAUAUAUAAAUGAAAAUGAGGAAGCUUUGUCCAAAUUUGGACAGAGAAGACGGGUUAGAGACGGUGUUAGAGGUUCCGGUGCCGGAAGAAAUGUUCGCGAAGAUGGGAAGCAAUGCGGCGGGGAGGUGGAGGAAUAUGCACACUCUCAUGAAGGCACACGCGGUCGUGACCGCCGUUGCGGCUGAUAUCAGAACGCCGGCGUCGUCAUCAUCGAUGAGUAAUGUCAAUAUGCAUUUGCAGUCAAAAUCAGACAACGAGUUUGUGGCCUUGUUGAAGAUCGUUGGAAGUCCUCUUAUUCCUUUUCACGUCCCGCUCGAGUUCUGUCUCAACCGGCCCAUCAAUGAUACUUCCAUCGAGGCGUCGACGGCUAAAUACAUAGUGCAGCAGUACGUGGCAGCAUGCGGAGGUCCAGCCGCUUUGAACGCAGUGAAGAGCAUGUAUGCGGUUGGGCAGGUGAGGAUGCAAGGCUCGGAGAUGGUUGCCGGGGAGGACGAAGGAACGACUACGCCGGUGCGGCUAGGAAAAGGCUGUUUCGAGGUCGGAGGUUUUGUUUUAUGGCAGAAGAAUCCAAAUCUUUGGUUCUUAGAGCUAGUGGUUUCCGGUUUCAAGAUUAGCGCCGGUAGUGACGGCAAGGUGGCUUGGAACCAAUCAUCUACUCAACCUUCUCAGGCUCACCGUGGCCCUCCUCGCCCUCUCCGCCGUUUUUUUCAGGGACUAGACCCGAGAUGCACGGCAAGUCUGUUCUUAGACGCCGUUUGCAUCGGCGAACAAUCCGUUAACAGGGAAGACUGUUUCGUGCUAAAGCUAGAGACGCCGUCAGAUAUUCUAAAGGCUCAGUGCUCACCGAACACGGAGGUGAUCCACCACACGGUGUGGGGUUAUUUCAGCCAGCGGACGGGACUUCUAGUAAAGUUCGGUGACACGAAACUCGUGAGAGUCAAAUCCGGUAGAGGCAAGAGCGACGGCGUUUUCUGGGAGACAAGUAUGGAGUCAAUCAUCGACGAUUACAUAUUCGUUGACGCCGUGAACAUAGCUCACGGUGGUCAAACCGUGACGACGCUUUAUCGGUACGGGGGAGCAGUUAAUCACCGGAGACGAAUAGAGGAGAAAUGGCGGAUUGAAGAGGUGGAUUUUAAUAUUUGUGGCUUGUGUUUGGAGAGCUUUUUGCCACCGUCGGAUAUGAUGCAAUGAUCAUUAGUUAGCUACGGUGGAGAUCAUUAGUCUCUCUGUCUAGAUGUUUUAUUUUGUUUAUUUGUUAAAUAGGUUUCUUAACGGGCAAAAAGAAAAAAAGUAUACAUUUACCUUGUGACAAAAGGAGUAAAUAUGUAACGUUGACGUGGGAGAUUUGAGAGGGUGUAAACGAAUUAUCUUCAUUAGUA